CUCAUCAUCUCGCAGUAGACUUUAUCCAUCAUAAACGAAAUUGAAGAAUAUUUAUCUGAACUAGUCAUUUGAACUACUUCAUUCAUUCAUUCACUCUGACAAUGACAUUAUGACAGGUUUUCCACCAAAUUCACCAGUGUAUAUGUUUUGCGAAAUGCACCAAACAUGUGAAUGUGACGAUUCGUACACCGCGAAGUGGAAAACAAAACACUUUAGCGAUAUUUUUGAAUGUGGUUUGUCUAAAUUAGACAGUGUCAUAAUCGGAGAAAUACAAAAGAAUUACAACAAUUAGUUAGAUGGAAAAUUAAGGAUGAUGAACGUAGACGAUGAUAUUCUCUACGAUGAUUCGGGAAACGAAACAAGCGGGGACGAUGUGGAUUUUGUCAUAGACGAUAAUGCAUCUAACAAGGAACUGCAAAGCUACGACGAUGACUACCAAUACGAGGUACUAUCCACCGAUGAUAUCGUCCAACAUAUGGUCGACUGCAUCAAGGAGGUGAACACGGUGGUACAAAUCCCAUUGACUUCCACCAGGAUCCUUCUAAACUACUUCAACUGGGACAAAGAAAAGCUGAUGGAAAGGUUCUUUGAUGGUAACCAAGAUGAACUUUUCAAAGAAGCUCGAGUCAUUAAUCCCUUCAAGAAAGUCAACGCAGUCAAGCCGAAAAUUUCAAACAAAUUGCUUGGCACUGAGGAAUGUGAUAUCUGUUUCAUGUUCUUCCCACCAACUCAGAUGACUGGGCUCGAAUGUGGUCAUAGAUUUUGCUAUCAUUGCUGGAAUGAGUACCUCACUACCAAAAUAAUGGAAGAAGGCGUGGGUCAAACCAUAGCUUGUGCAGCUCAUAACUGUCCCAUUCUAGUAGAUGACCAAACAGCAAUGAGGCUUCUGAAAGAUCCAAGGGUCAAACUGAAAUAUCAACACCUGAUCACCAAUAGUUUUGUAGAGUGCAAUAGACUACUUAGAUGGUGUCCUAGUCCUGAUUGCAGUUUUGCUAUCAAGGUUACAUACGUUGAGGCCAAACCGGUCGGUUGCCGAUGCGGCCACGUUUUCUGCUUUGCUUGCGGCGAGAACUGGCACGAUCCAGUUCGAUGCGCCCUCCUCAAAAGGUGGCAGAAAAAAUGCGACGACGAUUCGGAAACCUCAAACUGGAUAGCAGCAAACACGAAGGAGUGUCCAAAGUGCAAUGCUACCAUCGAGAAAGAUGGCGGUUGCAAUCAUAUGAUUUGCAAAAACCAAAGUUGCAAGGCGGACUUCUGUUGGGUUUGCCUUGGGCCUUGGGAGCCACAUGGUAGCUCAUGGUACAAUUGCAAUAGUUGUUCUUUCAGAUAUGACGAAGAUGAGGCAAAGGCAGCUAGAGACUCCCAAGAAAAAUCUCGAGCUGCCUUGCAGAGAUACCUGUUUUACUGCAAUCGGUACAUGAACCAUAUGCAGUCUCUCAGGUUUGAGCAUAAGUUGUAUGCUUCUGUCAAAGAUAAAAUGGAGGAGAUGCAACAGCAUAACAUGAGCUGGAUUGAAGUUCAGUUCCUGAAGAAAGCUGUCGAUAUAUUGUGCCAAUGUCGGCAGACAUUGAUGUAUACGUACGUCUUCGCAUAUUAUUUAAAGAAAAACAACCAGUCUGUGAUAUUUGAAGAUAACCAGAAGGAUCUGGAACACGCCACUGAAUUCCUCAGUGAAUAUUUGGAGAGGGACAUCACGCAGGAGAAUCUCGUCGAUAUUAAACAAAAAGUUCAAGACAAAUACAGAUACUGUGACGGCAGGCGCAUGGCACUGCUGGAUCACGUGCACGAAGGUUACGAAAAGGACUCGUGGGUAUACAGUGAAUAAAUGUUGGAGCAGCUGUACCCACUAUGAUAUGAAACUAUUUUUUAUUUCAAAAUUUUGACAUUUAUUUAUUAAAAUGAGUAUAUUUUUUUAACCGAGUUUUAUUCCUAUAUUCUGUUCUUUG